AUGGGUGUCUGGUUAAAUAAAUAUGACUGUGUCAGAGACUUGAAAAAGAUCCUUCUUUGUUAUUUAUUAGUUUAUAUGGCUAUUUUAGUGAGCACAGACCAGGAUUUUUACAGUUUGCUAGGGGUAUCCAAAACUGCAAGCAGCAGAGAAAUAAGACAAGCUUUCAAGAAAUUGGCAUUGAAGUUGCAUCCUGAUAAGAACCCGAAUAAUCCAAAUGCACAUGCUGACUUUUUAAAAAUAAAUAGAGCAUAUGAAGUACUCAAAGAUGAAGAUCUGCGGAAAAAGUAUGACAAAUAUGGAGAAAAGGGACUUGAAGAUAAUCAAGGAGGAGGCCGAUAUGAAAGUUGGAACUAUUAUCAUUAUGAUUUUGGUAUUUAUGAUGAUGAUCCUGAAAUCAUAACAUUGGAUAGAAGAGAAUUUGAUGCUGCUGUUAAUUCUGGAGAACUGUGGUUUGUAAAUUUUUACUCCCCAGGAUGUUCACAUUGCCAUGAUUUAGCUCCUACAUGGAGAGACUUUGCUAAAGAAGUUGAUGGAUUGCUUCGAAUUGGAGCUGUUAACUGUGGUGAUGAUCGAAUGCUUUGCCAAAUGAAAGGAGUCAACAGUUAUCCCAGCCUUUUCAUUUUCAGAUCUGGAAUGGCUGCAGUGAAAUAUCAUGGUGACAGAUCAAAGGAAGAUUUAGUGAGAUUUGCCAUGCAGCAUGUUAGAAGCACAGUGACAGAAUUAUGGACAGGAAAUUUUGUAAACUCCAUACAAAGUGCUUUUGCUGCUGGUAUUGGCUGGCUGAUCACUUUUUGUUCCAAUGGAGGAGAUUGUUUGACUUCACAGACACGACUCAGACUUAGUGGCAUGUUGGAUGGUCUUGUUAAUGUAGGAUGGAUGGACUGUGCCAUCCAGGACAAUCUUUGUAAAAGUUUGGAUAUUACAACAAGUACUACAGUCUAUUUUCCACCCGGAGCCACUUUGUUUCUUAAUUCAUUGGAUGCUAAAGAAAUCUAUUUGGAAAUAAUGAAAAAUCUCCCAGAUUUUGAACUACUUUCUGUAAACACAUUAGAGGAUCGUUUGGCUUAUCAUAGAUGGCUCUUAUUUUUUGAAUUUGGACAAAAUAAAAAUUCAAAUGAUCCUGAGUUGAAGAAACUGAAAACCCUACUUAAACAUGAACAUAUUCAAAUUGGCAGGUUUGACUGCUCAUCUGCACCAGACAUCUGUAGUAAUCUCUAUAUUUUUCAGCCAUGUCUAGCAGUAUUUAAAGGACAAGGAACCAAACAAUAUGAAAUCCAUCAUGGAAAGAUGAUUCUGUAUGAUAUACUUGCAUUUGCCAAAGAAAGUGUUAAUUCUCACGUUACUACACUUGGACCUCAAAAUUUUCCUGCCAAUGAGAAAGAACCAUGGCUUGUUGAUUUUUUUGCCCCUUGGUGUCCGCCAUGUCGGGCUUUAUUGCCAGAGUUACGAAAAGCUUCAAAGCAUCUUUAUGGUCAGCUGAAGUUUGGUACACUAGAUUGUACAGUGCAUGAGGGUCUCUGUAGCAUGUAUAACAUCCAGGCUUAUCCAACAACAGUGGUAUUUAACCAGUCCAACAUUCAUGAAUAUGAAGGGCAUCAUUCUGCUCAACAGAUCUUGGAAUUCAUAGAGGCAUUAACUGGACUGAUUAAUGUUGGCAGCGUAGACUGCCAACAAUAUCAUUCCUUUUGUGCCCAAGAAAAUGUUCACAAAUAUCCUGAGAUAAGAUUUUUUCCCCAAAAAUCAAAGAAAGCUUAUGAAUAUUAUAGCUACAAUGGUUGGAAUAGGGACGCAUAUUCCCUAAGAAUCUGGGGUCUAGGAUUUUUACCUCAAGCCUCUGUAGAUCUGACACCUCAGACUUUCAAUGAAAAAGUUUUACAGGGGAAAAAUCACUGGGUGGUUGAUUUCUAUGCUCCAUGGUGUGGACCUUGUCAAAAUUUUGCUCCAGAAUUUGAACUCUUGGCUAGGAUGAUUAAAGGAAAAGUGAAAGCUGGAAAAGUCGACUGUCAGGCUUAUGCUCAAACAUGCCAGAAAGCUGGUAUCAGAGCCUACCCAACUGUUAAGUUUUUUCCCUAUGAGAGAGCAAAGAGAAAUAUUUGGGGAGAGCAAAUAGAUGUUAGAGAUGCAAAAGAGAUUGCUGCCUUAAUAGAUGAAAAAUUGGAAACUCUACAAAGUCAAAUAAAGAGAAAUAAGUGUGCCUGGAAAACCGGAGGGCCCUGCAUGCCUGUUCCUGUUGCCCCAGCCCAUGUGCUCUGUGCCAUCCGCUCUGCAGUACGCCCGCCCAGCCUUGGUUGUCCAUCACCCUGCUUCCACCCUUGCUCCAGCACCAAGGUCUUGCUUGUGCUCCAACGCGGGAUUCCUGCCUUCCGGGCCCGCCCACCGAUCUUGGUUCACCUGGACUGA